AUGGCUUUGAGCUACUACUCAAACUGGGGAGCAUUUCAGCAGUUGGACGCAGACAUUAUGAGCUUCGUUGAUCCAUUACAGACAGAGGCAGAGCUGCCGCCGGAGCCCCUACCGUUCCCCAAUAUCGACCAUCUCUUUGAGACCAAUGACUUGUUUUACUCGGAAUGUUCUAAUUCUCUUCUAUAUGACUUCUCUACUAGUAGUACUGGAGUUACUUCUGAUAACUUAAACUGCAUCCCAACACAACCCUGUUCACUCCAGCAAGAAUUUGAGCCCCACCAGCACAAUCCCAAACGCCAGAAGGCCGCCGGAUGUGGUUAUGAAGAUAUUUACACUCAGAUGUUUAACCCUCCUCACUUCAAUGGGCUUGUUCCAAACACUUGCCUGACCCAGCUUCAAGAUUAUCUGCCUACGUCAGAAGUCGUAGUGCUGCCACUGCCUGAUUUUUCAACUCCACCAGGUUUCAGUUAUAGUAGUGAGAGCCCGAAGAAGGAAGCAAGUGCUGGUGGUAGCUUGUCGGCGCAGAGCAUAGCGGCACGGCAGAGGCGGAGGAAGAUCACUGAGAAGACUCAGGAGCUGGGGAAGCUUGUUCCGGGUGGACGGAAGAUGAACACUGCUGAAAUGUUGCAAGCUGCUUACAAAUACAUCAAGUACUUGCAGGCUCAGGUUGGAGUUCUUGAAUCCAUGUCUUCAAAUAAUCAGAAUAGAGAAGGAUUUGAGAGUGAUGACGAAUUGCGGGUUCUUCUCGAGUCUCCGCUGAUUCAAGAAAAGUUGUACUCGACGGAAAGAUGCCUGGUUCCGGCCAAGUUUGUCCAACACCUGAGCAGUGAUCAUGAAAUCGUCAAAUCUAACCCUCAAUUGCUACCGUUAAUCGUGAAACAGGAGCAGUGAAGCGAGGCGCAAUUUUGAUUUCU